UUAUUAUUUGGCUUGGGAAUUUUAUUAAAAAAUUAACAGAAAAAUUUAUUAUUUCUUUAAAUUUGUAUGAAAAAAUGGCGUUCAGAACUGUGUAUAAAGAAGACUAUAUUGAACAUUCAUUUAAGUCCAUGAGAGAUUAUGAUCCAAUAUGUGCAGAACUUUUCAAAAAAGAAAAAAUAAAGAAAUCGUUAACAUCAAAAACUGAUUCCAUAAAAGCAAGUUAUACGCCAGAAGAAAAAGAAGAAUUAAUAAGAAACAGAUGGGACCGAUUUUAUAAAACUAUUUACAGAAAAUCAUAUUGCCAAAAACCUGUUAAAGCUGAUAAAAUCAUAUCCGAAGGUGUAAUGAUGAUGGAAAUGGAAAAAUUAUUUGAAGCCAUAGACAAGGGCUAUAUCAUGCCUAGAGUGCCUGGAGUAGAACGAGUGAUGGGAUUCGCAUCAAAAGAUGAAAAUAAUACACCAUUGACAACAUAUCAAAAUGCUUACGAUCGUGUUGGUUAUUUCGUAAUAAAAACUAAUAAAGAACGUAUUGCAAAGAAAGAAGCAGAUAAGCAUCGCGUAUCUGUAGCUGAUCGGGAAAGAGUUACCAUACCCAAUCGAAAACAAUCAGGUGAAAAAAUCGUUAAAAAGAAAAACUAUAGCAAUACAUCAAUUAGUUCUGAUCAACCAAAGGAUAAAAAUAAAAGCAACUCCAGCACUAGACAAAUCUUUUUUGUAACACCGGAAAAUACAUCGGAAAAACAUCCACUUAGAUUUGAAUUCGAUACAAAAAAUAAAAAUAUUUAA